CCUCCUUCGUCACACUUUAAGUGAAAUAUCUCUCGUCCUCUUUUCUCCGCCUCCACCACCUACCCUCCUCCAAUUUCGGGAUAUUAUUGUCGUUCGUUAACCAAUUAUGGGCAUCAAAUCAAUUUUAUCAGGUGAUGCUGCUUUGGUAUAGUUUGCACUGUUUGUAUGUGGAUUGAGAAGAAGAUGUGGAAUCGCAUCUGCCCACUGAAUUGCGUAAAUGCUGGAGUUAAGCCACUCUCUGUGUUGCGUAUUCUGUUCCAUGAGAUCAAGACCAUUGACAUUUAGGAUGUACCAGGUUUGCUCUUUGACAUUUAGAGACUUUUCGUCUACUCAUCAACUCAACCUAUUCAUUCACUGCAGUUUAUGGUGAAAGGUCAUAAGGAUUCACAUUAAUGAUUCAUUAUACAGUUUCUGAGCUAAAAAUAUAGUACCCUAGUUUUUCCUCCCGAAGCUAAACCACAGAAAGUAACGAGCAAAGGAGCCAAGCAAUGUCGACGUUCUCAAGCCGUCUUCCAGAGGAUUUCGACCAUGAAUUCCUCUCAAGGUUACCCGCUAAAUCACUAUUUGUCUGUAAGUGUGUUUGCAAAACUUGGUUGUCCCUUACUUCUAGCCCUACUUUUGUUCGGUCCCACCUUAAUGUUACUGUCAAAAAGAACAACCCUAGUCUCAUGCUUGCUGGUUAUGAGGAUUCGGAGUCUACUACUUCUGUCGUACACUCUAUAAAGCAUGAUUCGUUAUCUGAAUUUGAUGAUAUUGAUGUUAAUGAGAUGGAUUACCCGUUCAAGUCAUCAGCUUCUAAAAUUAAACUAGUGGGUUCUUAUAAUGGUUUGGUUUGUAUUAGGAUUGAUAAUGAUUUCUACUGUAUUUGGAACCCCGCUGCUAAUGAAUACAAGAGAUUACCCGAAACACCGAAUGUUAAUAAUUAUGAAGAGGAGGAUGUAGAAACAUAUGGUCUUGGUUAUGAUUGCAAGACAGAUGAUUACAAGUUGCUAAUUGUGGUGGAUGAUCUAUCCUUGGUUGAAGUAUAUACUUCGGGAUCAAAUUCAUGGGAUAGCAUCCGAACCGUCCCUUAUCGGUUUUAUGGUGGGUCUGGGGUGCUUAUCAGUGGAGCUCUUCAUUGGUUAGGCGCAAGGCGCGACAAUCCGUCCUCAGACUUGGUAAUCUCCUUUGAGAUCAACGGUGAGAAAUUCAAUGAAUUGCAACUACCAAGAGAACCUUUGGACGAUAACGGUCAUUGGUUUUCGGCUGUAGGAGUUUUAGAAGGAUGCCUUUGUGUACUUGCUCUAGACAAAAACACUGGAUAUCCUGCUGAAGUAUGGGUCAUGCGAGAUUACGGAGUUCGCGAAUCUUGGACUAAGAUCACUACGGUUAUGGGAGGUACCAUAGAAUAUCCAUUAAUGUCUUUAACGAAUGACAAGAUUUUAUUCUGGAGUUUCCAGGGUGUUCCGGUUUUACAUGAUCGAAAAGAUGGAAGUUCGAGACACCUGAAUGUUUGUAGUCCUGUGGACUAUACAUCAGCGCUGAAUUAUAUUGAAACCUUAGUCUCACUUAACUCUGCUACAUAGACAGGAAGGAGCACAUAUGGAAGAAUCAAUUGAAACAAGAAAGUAUCCAUGUUGGGUGAGGCGCCGGGCGCAUCAUGAAUGGCGCGCUUUUGGCGUAACAGUACCUCCACCUUCGUCUAUCUAUAGCCUGUAGAGACAUGUAAAAGCUCAUGCUGCUGUAUCUGUAAGGCUGUACCUUCAUAAUUCUAUCCUUGUAAUUGAAUAUGCACACUGCAAUGUCAUCAUUUAUCCUUUCUUAACAUUAAAAUUUUCUAAAACUCGCAAUGCCAAAACGUCUAUCUUCUGAAACCAUGUCAUACUUUUUAAAUCUUUAUAUCAAUGUCUGUAUUUUCUUAUUGAA